UUAAAAUAGGGGUGGGACUUAUAAACCCCAUUAUUCUGCUUGGGUGUGAACUAAAAUGUAAUAAGAGAGGAGACGCCAUUACGAGACUACCCUACAACCUUCAAAGAGGAUUUAAAAAGACGUCGUGUGAGCAUCAUCUCCAGAACCCAGCAGUGUGUCAAUGAGGAGUCAUCAGUCCAUGUUGAAGCCCAUAGAACUCUGUAAUGGAGCAGGGACCUCUGACCCCAGAAGUGGGGAGAUCAUCCUGUCAGACGCUUAGCAGACAGGACACCACUGAAUCAGACCUCCCUGAGGGGACUGAGGACGAGCAGCAGGAUUUUCUCAAGUCAGUGGAUGAUGUUCUGCAGAGAGUGAAAGACAAACACAAAAGCAUCAUGAAGAACAAGUAUGAGAGUUUAUUUGAGGGAAUCAAAGCACAAGAGAAUCAAACACUCCUGAAGAAAAUUUACACACAGCUGUACAUCAUAGAGGGAGAGAGUGAAGGAGUGAAUGAAGAACAUGAGGUUUUACACAUGGAGAAAAAGCCCAGAAGAACACAAGACUUACAAGACUCUCCAAUCUACUGCAAUGACAUCUUUAAAGCUCAAUCACAUCAAAGAGACAAAAUCAAGAGUGUUCUUACUAAAGGCAUCGCUGGAAUUGGAAAAACAGUCUCUGUGCACAAGUUCAUUCUGGAUUGGGCCGAGGGAACAGCCAAUCAGGACGUAGAUUUCAUGUUCCUGCUUCCGUUUCGAGAGCUGAACUUGAUUCGAGAGCAUCGCUACAGUCUUCACAAACUUCUGCUGGACUUUCAUCCUGAACUUCAAGAUGUGGACUCAAAGGUUUAUGAGGAGUGUAAAGUUGUGUUCAUCUUUGAUGGUCUGGAUGAAAGCAGAAUGACUAUGAUGUUUUCAGACAGUGAGAAAGUUUCUGAUGUGACUGACACUUCAUCAGUGGCUGUGUUGAUGUCAAACCUCAUGAAAGGAGAUCUGCUUCCCGCUGCUAUCAUCUGGAUCACCUCUAGACCAGCAGCAGCCAAUCAGAUCCCCUCCAAAUACAUCACGCGUGUGACAGAAAUCCAGGGAUUCAAUGACGCUCAGAAGGAGGAAUAUUUCAGGAAGAGAAACAGCGACGAGCAUCAAGCCAGCAGAAUCAUGUCACACAUUAGAAGAGCGAGAAGCCUCCACAUCAUGUGUCACAUACCAGUCUUCUGUUGGAUCUCAUCCACUGUGCUUCAGAAGAUCCUGACACAAGAUCACAGUGAAGAAAUCCCCAAAACUCUGAGUGAAAUGUACAUCCACUUCCUGCUGAUUCAGAUGAAGAUGAAGAAUGAGAAGUAUGAUCCAGAGAGAGAUCCAGAGAUCAACAGAGAAGUGAUUGUGAAACUGGCUGAAGUGGCUUUCAAACAGCUGAUGAAGGGCAAUGUGAUGUUCUAUGAGGAGGAUCUGAGAGAGUGUGGGAUAGACAUCACUGACGCCUCGCUGUAUUCUGGCAUCUGUACUGAGAUCUUUAAGGAGGAAUCUGUCAUUCAUCAGAGGAAGAUCUACAGCUUCAUACAUCUCAGUCUUCAGGAGUUCCUCGCUGCAUUCUACUGGUUUCACUGCUGUACAUGCAGUUCUCUCACAGCGCUUGGAGAUUUUCAACCAUUGUAUAAUCUGCUUAAAGGUGCAGUAGCUAAAGCUCUUGAGAGUGAAACUGGUCAUCUGGAUCUUUUCUUGAGAUUUCUGUUGGGCAUCUCACUGGAGUCAAAUCAGAGACUCUUACAGGAUCUACUGACACACACAGUGGACACAUCACAAACCAUCAAGAAAACCACACGGUACAUUAAAGGCAAAAUACAAAAUUUGAACAUUUCUGACUGCAUCUCCACUGGAAGAUCCAUCAAUCUGUUCUUGUGUCUGUCUGAAGUGAAUGAUCAGACUCUGUACAGAGAGAUUGAAGAGUUUGUGAGAUCAGACAAACACUCAAAGAAACUCUCUGCUACUCACUGUUCAGCAAUAGCCUACAUGCUUCAGAUGUCAGAGGAGGUGAUGGAUGAGUUUGAUCUGAAGAAAUACAACACAACACAGGAGGGCAGAAGAAGACUCACACCAGCUGUCAACAACUGCACAAGAGCUCUACUUGCUGACUGUAAUCUCACAGUUGAGUCGUGUAAAAUCAUCUCUUCAGCUCUUCAAUCUUCAGAUUCUCCUCUGAGAGAGCUUGAUGUGAGUAACAAUGAUCUUCAGGAUUCAGGAGUGAAGCUGAUCUCUGAUGCUCUCAAGAACACAAACUGUCAACUUCAGAUACUGAGGUUAUCAGGUUGUAUGGUGACAGAUGAAGGAUGUUGUUAUUUGGCUUCAGCUCUGAGUUCAAACCCGUCACACCUGAGAGAACUCGACCUGAGCUACAAUCACCCACAACACUCAACACUUCAGCUGCUCGCUUAUCAAGAUGAUCCAAACUACACACUCAACAAACUCAAUUUAGACUAUGGAGGACUUUGCAGGGUUAAACCGGGACUGCAGAAAUAUUUCUGUGAUCUCUCACUGGAUCCAAACACAGCCAACGUUCACCUCAUGCUGUCUGAAGAGAACAAAAAGGUCACAUAUGUGAAAGAUCCUCAGCCGUAUCCUGAUCAUCCAGACAGAUUUGAAGGUGUCCCGAAGGUUCUGAGUACAGAGAGUCUGACUGGACGCUGUUACUGGGAGGCUGAAUGGAAAGUGUGGGCCCGUAUAGCCGUGAGCUAUAAAGAAACCAGCAGGAAAGAAGGCAGUAAUAGUAUAUUUGGACUUGAUGACAAAUCCUGGAGUAUUUUCUGCAAUACCAAUGGAUUUAACGUUUGGCACAACAAUACAUCCAAGAACAUACCUGCUAUUUCAUCUCCAUCUAAUAGAGUAGGAGUGUAUGUGGAUUGUUCUGCCGGCAUUUUGUCCUUCUACAGCGUCUCUGACACACAAACACUCACACACUUACACACAUUCAACACAACAUUUACUGAACCUCUAUAUGCUGGAUUUGCAAUCAAUAUACUCAACUCUUCAGUGUUUCUGUGUAAAUAAACACACACACACAUUAUUGUCAAGUAUUAUUUAUCAUUUGUAAUAUCGUGUGUACAUUUUUUAAUGGCACAAUAAAGACCAAGUCAAACUAAAAUGAUGCUGGUAACUUAAUGAUGGUAAUUUUGUCAGCAGGGAUGGCCACAGUAAGUGAUGUAGUAUUCGAGACCGGCUGUCUUUGGUCUCGGUCUUGUCUUGGUCUCAGACUUAGUGGUCUCUGGAUUUUAUUUCAAGACCACAACUGUGGGAAUUAGAUUAAAUUGCUGGUGCAAUGCUGGUGCACUCUCACUGUCGCAAGAGUAUCCAGCUUUUGACUAUCAUACUGUACUAGUCAUUGGGGUCGAAGAACUGUUUGGCAUUCAUCUAAAUUUCAUUCUCUGUGUUCAACCAAACAAAGAUAUUUAGGUAUGGAACGCCACGUAUUUCAUGACAGUAUUUUCAUUUUUGGGUCAACUAUCCCUUUAAUAUUUGUUGAAAGUAAUUAGUGCUGGGCCGCAGUGAGACUCUUAUCGCGCGAUAAAAAAAGGUCGCCGUUAAUCUAUUCUCAAAGUCGUGUUGGGAGCUGGGUCUAUACUACGCAAGCUAUGAUGACUUUCACCUUGAUAUUUUUUUUAGCGCGGAUGUAUACCUAGCCAAAUUACAAUGUAGGGGGCGGGAACGAGUCUUCAAAACCGUAUGCCUAACGUUACUGUGAAAUUACUACAUCACAUUGACGCGUUAACAUGGAUGCUGCUGUGAAGUCGCCGGGUUUGCUUCAGGGAAAGUUUAUUUUUAAGAAGCUUCCUAAUGGAAACCUCGAUAAAACUUAGGUUAUUUGCACCUUGUGUAAUGCGGAAUUGGCUUACUGUAGGAGUUCUUCAAGUCUAAAGUACCACCUGACCGCUAAGCAUCCCUUAGCUAAUGCGGAAGAUGCCGGGCCAAGCACUGAUGUAGUGCAGGAGAAAAGUGGUCGUCGUCAAACUACUAUGUCUGAGUUCAACCGAGUCAAGCCCGUCAGCACAGCUCUAUCAGCCAAGCUAAUUAAUCUCCUCGCUCAGUGGAUUGCCACCAGCUGCCGGCCCAUCAGCGUGGUUGAAGAUGAUGGGCUCGAGCUUGUUCUCCAGGCGGCCACAGGUGACCCAUUUUACAAACUACCUGCGAGGCGAACUAUCAUGAGGAGAAUACAUGACCAGUACGCCGCAGAGAAAGCCGCAAAAUAUGAGAAGAUGGUAGAGGCUAGGUUUUUAGCACUGACUGGCGACCAUUGGACAUCUGUCAAAAAUGAAAACUACCUCGGCGUUACUGUACACCUCAUCGAUGCCAGCUGGGAAAUUCACUCGUUCGCUUUAGGUGUGAUGAAAACAGAGGAGCGUCACUUUGCAGAAGCGUGUGCCAGGCAGUUUCUCGACGUCGCUAAUCAGUGGGGGAUAGCUGACAAAAUCAGCUCUAUUGGAACAGACAGGUGGUCCAGACAGGUGGUUUUGAUGGUGCACUGGCCAAGUGCCGUAAAGUGGUCGGACAUUUCAAACACAGUCCGGCCAACUCAGACGAGCUGAAUGUCCAGCAAGCCUCCCUUGGACAAGUUCAGGAGCCACUCGUGCAAGAUGUUCAAACACG